AUGGGCUUGCUGACUCUCACCAUGCUGGCCGCCAUACUGGGCGUAUCCGAAGCUGCUGCCCGGUUCGGAUGCUCCACCGUCAGCGUCCAGCGGCUCGAUCCCCUGGUUGAGCCGGGCAACAUACCAUCGGCCCAUGUCCACCAGAUUGUUGGCGGUGAUGCCUUCAACGCUACCAUGGACCCAAACAUCGACAUCUCCCAGACUUCGACCUGCAAGACGUGCGAGUUCCUUGAAAAUCGCUCCAACUACUGGACGGCGGUGCCCUACUUCGGCGCCCGGAACGGCUCCUACCACUGUGUGUCGCAGUACCCCAACGCCUACCACGACCCCCAGGUCGGCGGAAUGACCGUCUACUACACCCAGGAGUCUUUCUUCUCCAAUGGACGAAAUAAGAUCACCGCGUUCAAGCCCGGCUUCCGGAUGGCUGUCGGUGACCCCGGCACCACGGCUCGUCAGGUGGCUAAGAGCCACCCUGGGCUACUCUAUGUCUGUCUGCAGAACGUCAUGACGCGGUUCCCAGAGGCUCCCGACUUUCACACGAGGCCGUGUCCCGGCGGCAUCAUGGCCGUCCACCACUUUCCCGCCUGCUGGGACGGCAAGAACCUCGACAGCCGCGACCACCACUUGCACAUGGUCAGCACGGCGGGUGAGGCCUUCGCCGUGCCGCGGCCCUGCCCGGCGUCGCACCCGGUGCGCAUGCCACAGCUCGCGCUCGAGGCCAUGUGGGACACGGCGCCCUUCAACGACCGGUCGCUGUGGCCCGAGGACGGCGGCCAGCCGUUUGUGUGGUCGCACGACGACCGGCUCGGCUACGGCACCCACGCCGACUACGUCUUCGGCUGGCAGGGCGACGCGCUGCAGCGCGCCAUGGACUCGCCCUGCAUGUUCCGGGCCUGCGGCGCCGCCGGCGGGCCCCUGACCAUCCAGCGGCGCGGGGCCAAGAACGAGUGCAACGUCAAGAGCACCGUUACGGAGCAGAUUGAUGGGUGGCUGGAUAGGCUACCGGGGAGGUAG